GCCGGUUUAAGAAUAGACAUGAUGUUCGCCUGGUGACCUGAGGAGAUGAGUGAUGCGGAUCGUCUGGUGGCCAAUCUGCGCCGGGUGCCCGUGCGUCUGCCCAAGGAGUUGGAGGUGCGCCAGUUGUGCCGAUCUCUGGGCGACUUGCUCGCCGGCGAGCCCAACCUGCUGAGCCUGCAGAGUCCGCAGAUCGUGUGCGGCGACAUCCACGGGCAGUUUCAGGAUCUGCUGCAUCUACUGGAUGUGGGCGGAUCAGUCCAGCAACAUCGCUACUUGUUCCUGGGUGACCUGGUGGAUCGGGGCAAAAACAGCGUGGAGACCUUUUUGCUGCUGGCUGCUCUCAAGGUCCGACAUCCCGGCCAGGUGAGCCUGUUGAGGGGCAACCACGAGUGCCGCAGUGCCACAAGAUCCUACGGAUUCUACGAGGAGUGCCUGGCCCAGUAUGGCUCUGCGAAUGUCUGGCGGAUGUGCUGCCGGGUCUUUGAUCUCUUGCCCCUCGCGGCGAUCAUUGAUGGGAAAAUAUUUUGCGUUCAUGGCGGACUGUCGCCGGAAAUCAAGCAGUUGGAUGAGUUCUUUAAGCUGGACCGCCGGCAUGAGAUCCCCGAGAGCGGCUGCAUAGCGGAUCUCCUCUGGAGCGAUCCCCAGGAGGCACCUGGAUGGACUGCAUCGCCGCGGGGACAUGGAAAACUCUUUGGCGGCGAUGUGGUGAAGGAGUUUAGCCGCACAAAUGGAAUCUCCCUCAUAUGCCGGGCUCAUCAGUUGGCCCAGGAUGGCUUCCAGUGGCAUUUUGGCCAUCAGCUUGUGACCAUCUGGUCGGCACCCAACUAUUGUUAUCGCUGCGGCAACAAGGCGGCCAUUCUGCGUGUGAUUUCUGGCGAGGAUUACGAUUUCGAGGUAUUCGAGGCGCAGGCGCUACACACCAAACCGCAGCCAAAGAGACCGAAAAAGCGGUGUCGUCAGUUUUUCUUAUGAUGCAAUCUCAGUUUCCCCGUGAAUCUCAUCCCGAGAUAAAAUGCAAUGUCAAGUUCACAGAGCGGGAAAAUCAGCUGUUUACCUAGUCAUACACCCACCCCAGCACUCUUAGACCAUAACUCUUCCAUUCCACCUUACUCUUAGAAUCGUAAUCAAUAAAAUAUACACUCAGUA